AUGUCAUCAGUUCGAUCUUUUACUUCAUCAACAUCAUCUAUACACUAUCUUCAUCCGAUUAAAAGUGAUGAAAAUACUAUAGGAAAUUUUCUUGUUCGUACUCCUGCAAAAAAAGAACAGCCCAAAAAAAAGGAACUGCAGCAAAAUAAUAUAGAGUUUCUUGAUUUUAAUGCUAAUCCAGUUGAAUUUGAUUAUGAUUUAACAGGAGGUUCACAACAAAAUCCUACAGAUAUUGAAUUAGAUGAUGAAAUUAUAGGAAAUCAAUCUAAUAUUAUUACUUCUGAACAUUGGGAAAGAGAAAUUAAUGAAUAG